GAACAUUUUUGGAACCUUUUACUUAAGCUCAUGAAGCAUGGGACCAACACUUUACAUGUUGCGUUUAGAUUUUUGUUCAGAAUACAUGACGUGUCCAUAGUAAAAUGCCCAGCGAUGACACACGGCUCCAACUACUACUAACUAUCACAUGGAAUUCUGAAAGGGACUUGGGAAGUUUCGGUUCAUGGUGAGUCACCACAGUACUCGUGGUCACCAGCGCGGGGAGAGAGACUCCAGUCACGCCACCCUCCCAGCACUGUUCGGUGUAUGAUUGCCGCGAUGCAGGCAGGCUAUUCGUCCAAGGAAUAGGAUCGUAGUUGGAACACUUUAGAGAACAGGUGGUCGGUAAAACGUUAACGUUUAGACGGUAUGAAGAGACGAUGAAGAUUAUUGCUGUCUGUUUGUUUGGAAUACAAUCUUUUUGACACCAAAGGAAAUUCAUAAUUGGAACAUCCUACAAAGUAGUGAGGAAUACACCUCAACGGAAGUACAUCGGGAUUCGGGAACUAAUAUGAAAGUGACAGUGUGUUUUGGGAGAACCAGGGUGGUGGUUCCUUGUGGCAAUGGAACUAUUAAAGUCCACAGUCUUAUCGAGCAAGCCGCCAUGAGAUAUAAAAAGGCUAUUGCGAAGGAUCCUGGCUACUGGCUACAGGUGCACAGGUUGGAGCAUGGGGACGGAGGCAUACUGGAUCUGGACGACACACUGUGCGAUGUGGCCGAUGACAAAGACAGGCUGGUGGCAGUGUAUGAGGAGCAGGACCCUCACCAUGGAGGCGAUGGCACCAGUGCCAGCUCAACGGGCACACAGAGCCCUGACCCCUUCACUGCCGUCGCAGAGCUCAACUCCAGCAACAUGUCCGCCUUCCAGCCCUACCAGACCAGCAGCGAGAUAGAGGUUACCCCCUCCGCCCUGCGCAGCAACAUGCCUCUCCAUGUUCGGCGCAGUAGCGACCCCUCUCUGGUGGGCCUUCCCCUGGGUGACCCACAUACAGCACCGGAGGAACCAUCCCGUAAGAACCCCACACGAUGGUCCACCACGGCAGGCUUUCGCAAGCACAACCACCACCACAGCCACAGCCACAGCCAAAACACUGGGACCAACAGCCUGGAACGCAAGGAUGUAGAUGCGUACCGGAGUCUCCCUCGUGAUUCAGCAGUUUGGGCCACCCAGUUCCAGAGAGAGACUGCCCGCUCCUCACUCAGCGCCAACCACCCCAUGGUGGACCGUUGGCUGGACAGACAGGAUCAGGUUUUAGAAAAGAGCAGAAGCUCUGAACUAUCUGUUCAGACCCCAGUCAUACCUGCCUACCUACAGGAGGAGGAGGAGGAAGAGGAGAGGGUGAAGCAGGAAGAGAGGAAUGGGAGAAUAGAGCCGGUGGGGAGAGCAGACUCCUGUGUGGAACACUCCCCAACGUUAUCUCUGAAUGACAUGCUAAAGCUGGUAGAGGUGUCCAAUGUCGGCGGGCCUCUGGGGAUCCACGUUGUGCCUUUCAGUGCCACGGACAGAAGGACCCUUGGGUUGUUAGUGAAGCGUCUGGAGCGCGGCGGCAAGGCGGAGCAGGAAGGUCUGUUCCAGGAGAACGACUGUGUCGUCAAGAUUAAUAACGGGGAUCUGAGGAACAUCCGAUUUGAACAAGCCCAGAACAUGUUCAGGCAGGCCAUGCGUUCUCCUGUCAUUCUGUUCCAUGUGGUCCCAGCCUCCAUGAAGAGCCAGUAUGAGCAGCUCUCCCAGGAGGAGCUUAGCUCCCCAUGUCCGAGGGGGGAGAGGGGUAACCGGGGAAGCUUCACCUCCAGCCAUGCCUCGGACCCCCAGGCCCCGCAGCCCGGGGAAAGGGGUAGUCUGGUGGUCCACGGGGGGGUGGGGUUGGACCACAACCCACAGAGGAUGUCCUCCAGGUCAAGACCACACCCCAUUCCCAUCCCCAACAUCAAACACCAGAACCAUGGUCCUCUACCACAGCGUGUACCAGACCAGCGCUUCUCCACCUCGCUACCUCACAGCGGAAGCAACAACGUCUCCUCGGCCCCCUCUCCAUCCCUGCAGAGGAGAGUUAGUGCCAACCCUACUGCAGGCUACUUAAAGAAAACUGGCCGGAGACUGAACAUCCAGCUGAAGAAAGGUCCUGAGGGUCUUGGAUUCAGCAUCACAUCACGUGACGUCCCCAUAGGAGGCUCCGCCCCCAUCUAUGUCAAGAACAUCCUGGCUCGGGGUGCUGCUAUCCAAGAUGGCCGCCUGAAGGCUGGCGACCAGCUACAAGAGGUGAAUGGGGUAGACCUGAAUGGGAGGAGUCAGGAGGAGGUGGUAGCUCUACUCAGGAUCACCCCCAUGGGAGGAACAGUCAGUCUGCUAGUCCUACGCCAAGAGGACUCCUAUCUACCUAGAGAAGUGAAGUCAGAAGAAGAGGACCUGGUGUUGACCCCAGAUGGUACCAGGGAGUUCCUGACCUUUGAGAUCCCUCUGAGUGACUCGGGGUCGGCAGGUCUGGGGGUCAGCGUCAAGGGAAACCGCUCCAAGGAAAACCACGCCGACUUGGGCAUCUUUGUCAAGUCCAUCAUCAACGGAGGGGCCGCCUGCAAGGAUGGCCGACUGAGAGUCAACGACCAGCUGAUUGCCGUCAAUGGCGAGUCGUUGCUAGGGACGCCCAACCAGGAUGCCAUGGAAAUGCUUCGCCUGUCCAUGUCGACGGAGGGCAACAAACGAGGGAUGAUCCAACUCAUCGUUGCCAGGAGGGUUGCCAAGAGCAACGAGGAGGUUCCAGGAAGCUCGCGGGUGGAGGAGCAGCCUCUGACAGACCCUCUGGACGACCAUGAGCGCCACAUCUCCCAUUCCAUGUUCGGGACCAGAGAGUCCAUGGACGACCAGCCCUCCAUGCCGCCACGCAAUGUCAUGAUGGUACCGCGCAUGAUGGGUAACUACCAGCUGUCUCCGACUGUGAACAUGCCCCAGGACGACACCGUCAUGAUCGAAGAUGAUAGGCCACCUGUGAUCCCCGCCCACAUGUCUGACCAAUCAUCCUCCAGCUCCCACGAUGACAUGGGCUUUGCUGCAGAUAACCCAGUGACUUGGGCUCAGGACGUGCCAAACCAAAAUGAGUGCUCCCUCAGUCCGGACACAGAAGACCCAGAAGAUUCCUUUCAGAGGGAGGGGUUUGGACGCCAGAGCAUGUCAGAGAAACGCACCAAACAGUUUGGCGACAAUGCCAAUCAGCUUGAGAUCAUCAAGACGCGCAAGUCCAAGAGCAUGGACCUAGUAUCAGACGAGUUUAACCCCCACCUCACCCCCAGCACAGAAAACAUGGAAGGCUCUUCGACAGGAGAAACAAUUGGUCCCUCUCUGGGCCUGAAGAAGUCCAGCUCCCUGGAGAGCCUCCAGACUGCUGUUGCCGAGGUUACACUCAACGGGGAAAUUAACCUCCACAGGCCACGCCCACGAAUCAUCAGGGGGCGGGGCUGCAACGAGAGCUUCCGGGCAGCCAUCGACAAAUCGUACGACAGGCCAGGAGUAAUCGUUACUGCUAUGGAAGAGUGUGACCUGAAGGGAAUGGAGACAUUGGAGGAGGACACCGAGGGGAGUUCUCGGUCAGGCCGGGACUCCAUAUCUACGGCCACUGACCUGACCCUGCCACCCGGCAACUCUGUAACCAUGGAGACACAGGUGAAUGGCAACGGCGAUAAAAAGAGGGUGAAGAGCGUGAGGGACAAGAAGAAGCCUGAGAGAGAUAAAGAAAAGGAGAAAGAAAAAGAGAAAGAAAAAAACAAAGCCAAGAAAGGGUUGCUGCUGAAGGGCCUGGGAGAUAUGUUCAGGUUUGGGAAGCACCGCAAUGGAGACAAGAUGGAGCGUAAGGGGUCGAGUAAAUCUAAGAUGGAGGACACACAGGCGUCUGAGGAGGAGAUGCUACGGAUGAAACUGGAGCAGGAGAGGAUCCAGGCGAAGACGAGGGAGUUCCGUGAACGUCAAGCGUCGGUGGCGAGGGAGAGGGAGUACGCUGAGAUCCUGGACAUCAACCCCAACCUGAACUGCACCUUCAGCUCCAAUGAAGACGAGGAGCACCCCUACGCAGGCAUCGGCUCCCUGGACGGGUCAUCCGAAGACAGCAGACAGGAGCCCCACCAAGGGCCCCAGCCCCCCCAGGACAGUGGUCCAGACCAGCCCGACCUGGAAGCCCUCUAUGCCCAGGUCAACAAGCCUCGCAACGGACACCCUCCCUCAGCUGACAGCAACCGACUGGCGCCAAGUAACCAUGACCGGAUACGGCGUCUGAGGGUUGAGUUCCAGCAGGCCAGAGGAGAGGAGGACCCUGAUGACCGACGACGCACAUACAGCUUCGAGCAGCCCUGGGCUAACUCGGAGACCUAUACCCUGACCGGACACCAAUCUGUUUCUGUGGAGUCACAGGUGCAGAGACCGAGACAAGACAAGAGACGAGACUCAUUUACACAGGCCCAAAGACAGUACAGUUCCCUGCCACGGCAACCUCGUAAGACCCCCAGCACAGUGUCCCAGGAGUCAUGUGACAAAGCCUUCCCGCCGGGCGAGGUCUUCCAGACGGCCAAGGAGAACCCCCGCUACUCCAGCUACCAGGGCUCCAGGAACGGCUACCUGCACAGCGGGGCCAGUGGCUUCAACGCCCGCGUCCUGCUGGAGACCCAGGAGCUGCUGAGGCAGGAGCAGAGACGCAGGGAGCAGUCUGAGGCCAAGAUGAGGCUACCGCCGCCACAGGAGGGGGUCCCUGUCACCAACACCGGCUACGAUGACAUUCACCCAGCCCCGACUCCAACCCUUCCCCAGGAUCCAGUCCUGACCCAGGCCCCGAUCCCUGUCACAGCCACACCCAAGGGCCCGUACCGCCAGGAUGUGCCCCCCUCUCCAUCUCAGCUGGCCAGGCUCAACAGGCUGCAGGGCUCAGAGAAAGGACAUCCAUUUUACUCCUGAUGGGCAAAGGAGGGAUAAGAGGAACUGGAGGAUGGAGGGGUUGAUGAUUAUCACCAGCAAUAAUAUAAGAGAGUCUGGAUCUUUUUAAAGUCCGCUAGAUCUCUUUGAAUGGUUUCAACACAGAGGUUUAAUUAAUUGUAUUUCUAUGUUGGUGUUUUUAUAACAAACUUUACAGUCAGGAUUCUAUUCACCCCAAUCACCAGUUGUCUGGUCUGUGUCUGCCAUCGUGAUCUUCCCACUUUAAGUGCCUUGUGGGAAGACUGUUCUGCCUUAAAGGUCGAAUGCAGCCGUUUUUAUCUCAAUAUCAAAUCAUUUAUGGGUAACAACAAAGUACGUUACUGUGAUUGUUUAAAAUUAAAAUGGUCAAAAAUAAACUAAAAUAACUUCUUAGUAAAGAGCCAUUUCUUAAACAAGAAUUUUGAUAGGGAGUGGUCUGA